CUGGGUCCUUGGGGCCUUUGCCCACAGUUAUCCUCGAACACUUUACCGGGCCACAGCUCGUGACCCGAGCAUUGGGUACUGAAGUCCCCCCCAUCCUUCCGUGAUGGGCAGAUUUCACGCCCUCCAAACAAUCCUUCAGGGAUGCUCCUUGCUGCCUUGCCCCCCUGGGGCCUUGAGUGGUCCUGUCAGGUCCCUUUUGGCUGCUGGGAUGGAUCAGACCACCUGCUGGAGGUAGCCACACCCCACUCCGAUGAGGGGCUCAUCUGGUGCGUGUCCCUUCCAGGUCCCUGAGGGGUAGGUCCACGUUUUAACAUUGGAGCCCUUUCCCCUCCUGACCACACGGGUUUGCUUUUCUUGUCGGAAUCAGCGCCCAAAUGCUUGUCUGUGAACAAGAGGAGGUGUGUGUGGACACCAUGGGGUGCUCUGCAGCAGGACCUGCUUGCAACGGCUUUGGUGGCACUCCUGGCCACACUCUCAAAGGUCUGGGCUCCUCUGCCAGGUGAUCCGGCAGGAGCUGGAGUCUCUGACCAAGUCAGCCGCGCAGGCCAGCUUGGAAGGUUCUGGGGAACCGGGAGGAUCUACUCAAAGUCACAUCGGCCACUUGCUGCACGUGAGGCUGGUGAUCUUUACAUUUCCUGACCAGCAGAGCUGGGGCCGCAGGACACCCCUGUACCGGCCACAAGGCAGGGCCACACUGGCAUCAUAUGGGGCAGGAAGAGGGGACAGAAAGGUGUCGUUCAAAGAACACUGGGGAUCUCAGCUCCGUGCGCCUGUCCCUUAUUCUGUACUAAAGCAUCUUCCUGGGGUCUGUUUGUGGUGAAGCCAAGGCAGGUGGGCAGACCACCCAGGGCCUUGUGACUGCAGACUCCAGACUCGGGCGUGUGCCUGCAUGCGUGUGUAUACAAGUGUAGGCACGUGCAUCCUCCCAAAUCAAGUUUUAAAGUAGACUGGGAGGCUUAGUGCCGUGAUGGACACACAGACACUGGUCCUAGGAUGAGAGGCAGAUGGGGAGGACUGGGGAGCGAGCCUGGGCUAACCUAGCGGUGUCUCAGUGGCUUCCUCAAAGGGCCUCUUGUCCCCCGGUGCUAGUCCCCGUGACACCUUGAGCGCAGAUCCCUCCUGACAGAGGAGAGAACACGUCGUUAUCAGCAGUCGCUGUUCAGUCCGCUGUCACGCUGGCUGCACGGCAGCCUUGCAGCGGGGACUUCCUGCUGGUUUGCAGACCUGGCAAACCAAGAGGCUCAGGAGCACGGGGUCCCCCGGAGGGCACGUGCACAGGAAGGGCGAUGGGGUUAGGAGCGGAACCCCUUCCCCUGGCUGCUCCCCUCCAGCACCAAAGCCUACGUGGUCCGCUCCUCUUGCCCCUGGGAGGCUCCUCUUCCCGCCGAUGGGCCUGUGGGAAACCCCUCCCUGCGGUAGCCCAAGCGACUUUUUCAAGGUGUUUCCCCCUCUCAAGGCUGGGAAGGCCAGGUUAUGGGAGAAUUACCUGUUGGGGUUCAGCUGGGGGCGCUCUGACACCUCUGAGCUGCUCCGUCCGUUUAGUCACCUGCCACUGGGGUGAGAUGAAGAAGGGAAGCAGCGGAGAAGCACCGGUCUGGGGGCUCCGUGGUCCCUGCUCCCUCCGGGCAAUGCCUAGUCCUGGUGAGGGGUGCAGCACCCUUGGUACCGUGCUGUGCCUGGAGGGGCCCGAGGGCACCCCCAGCCUCAUCCCACCUGUUUCCCCGGGGGUGGGGAGCUGACCUGGCUCCUUGUGGCCCUAGGAGGGUUUUGAGUCAGUAGGGUUCAGCCAGACGCUGUUCUUGAACCUGCCGCUGGGGGCCGUUGGUGGCCGCAGCUUUCCCGCCAGCAGGCGCAGCUCCUGUCCUGGCUCCAGGCAGCCUAGGGGGCUGCUGAGACGCGGGCAGGGCCCAGGCUUCGUUCCCACUCAUUCCCUCUCCCCCCGCCCCAUCCCCCAGCAUGGCAUGGGCACCGCUGCAAGUGCCGGGGGCUGUGUCGGGUGCUGGGGCUUUAGCUGAGUCAGGGCAACAGAAGAGUAAAAAGUCGGGGACAAUGGAGGGUGUUGGCUUCGGGGACAGAGGUCAUCGCGGUGCUCCGACGCUCCCGGGUUUGAUCCCUGCUUAGCCGCCAGCAGCUGCGGGGCUCUGGGCAAGUGAGCACGCCUCUCUGAGCCUUGGCCUCGUCCUUGGAGAACGGGGUUGCUGACAUAUGUCACGAGGCUGCCCUGACAAUUAGAAUUAAAGGAGCCAGUGCGUAGACAGGGUGUGCACGUGCCUGGCACAGGUGACGGGGCCCUGGGAGCUGUCCCUUCUUACCCUCGUCCUUGGCUGUUCCUGGCUUUGUCGCCCUUGUCUGUGCGCGUCCAUCCUGGAGCCCCCGAGGCCUGGGUGCUAGCCCUCCCUUGUCUGCUCAUCCUUUUCUUGACACUCUCAGGGACCAGGGCUUUGGCCUGGCUUUGGCCCCCAGGGGCAGACGGGAGCUGUGUCCGGAGCGGCCCAGUAGGGGACUGUAGUCAUGAAGCACCUGUGGCCAUUUACCUUUAAAUUGCUUGUGUUGACCUGAACUGAGGAAGCCAGCGUGUAGCCACCUGUCAAGGGCUCGGUAGCUACAGGCGGCCAGUGCCCAUCGUAUCGGAGGGUGCAGACUAGAAUCUUCCCGUCAUCGUGGAAGCUGUGCUGACCUGGACUCCACAGCCAGCCUUGAGCCCGCGGGGGACUGGGCUCCAGAAGCAGUCUCACCGAGGGCUGGCACCGCCAGCGGCCGUCCCCCGAGUGCCGGGGCCGGGGAGGCCACCAUGAGCACCCGCCCACAGCACCUGUCGCUUAGCUCGUCCAGCCUGCUGGGGGAUGGCGGGGGUCGCACCCCCGAGCUCCGCAAGAGCGCCAGCAGCACCGUGUGGCAGGCCCAGCCUGGCGAGGUGAGCGGCGGGCCGCACGUCCCCGAGGAAGAGGAGCACCACGUGGACAGCGCACCGCAGCCCCCGGCCCCCAGCCCCUGGGUCCGAGCCAUGGGCCACUGGCGGAGCAGUACUGUGGGCAACGUGUCAACCGUGGGCCGUGGUGACCCGUGUCGCCUGAGGACCGCCGGGGCCACCGCCACGCAGAGGAGCCACUCGGACCUGGUGCGGAGCCCGCAGGCCCGGGGCCACGGUGCCGCGCGGAAGGGCAGUCUCAGCUGCUCGGCCCUGGGCGCCUCGCCCGUCCACGCGGCUGAGCUGCAGCUGGGCGGUGCCCCCGCGGGCCUGGAGGGGGGCCCGGCUUCCGAGGAAGGGCCGGCGGGCUCAGCCGGGAUGCUGGCGGGGAGUGGGGCGCGGCUGGCAGGGACGGCCCCCCGGAGCGGCAGCCCCCAGGCCGGGCCCGCGGCCACUGCACAGCCAGCCGCCACCUCCUGCCACGCCCUGUCCCCGGCAGCAGGGGCUGGCGGUUGCUGUCCUGCCCUGCCCGCCCCGGGGGUCCCGGCCUUUCCCAAACUGGUGGCGUCUGUGAGUGAGUCUGGGCUGCAGGCUCAGCGGGGGGGGAUGUGCCAGUGCAGGUUCCCCAGGGGGCCCCCCGGGCUCUCCCGCUGCUGUGCCCACCCUUGGGGUCCCGCCGCGUGCGCCAUGGGGCCUGCUGCCAGGACCAAGGACGUGUGGACCAUGACUUCGGCCAGUGACUUGGGCUCCGUGUCGGCUUCCUGUCCGUCAGCCCAGGAUGCGGGCGUGCAGGCAGCGCCCCUGGCAGUGUGCAAGGCUGUGGCCACCAGCCCGGCCCUGGAAGCCCCCGGGGCCCUGCCCACGUUCCCAGAGGUAACUCCGGGGUCCGGCCUGGAGGAGGCCCCCUCCCCUGUGCGGGAUGUGCGGUGGGAUGCCGAGGGCAUGACCUGGGAGGUGUACGGAGCCGCCCUGGACCCCGAGGUGUUGGGCGUGGCCAUCCAGAAGCACCUGGAGAUGCAGUUUGAGCACUUGCAGCGGGCGCCCGCCAGGGAGGACAGCCUUGGGGGGGGCCGGAGGGGCCCGCUUCGAGCCGUCAUGCAGUCCCUGCGGCGCCCUAGCUGCUGCGGCUGCUCCAGCGCCGCCCCCGAGUGACGCGGGGCCGUGGG